UAUAAAUCCAAACAUGAAUCAUUAAUUAGGUCACGCCGCAAGCCAUAUUGGUCUAGUUACUCGCAGGCGCGUGCUCCCCUCUUCGUUCGUUUGCCUCUAAUUUAGUAGCAGAGGUUGGCGAAGAAGGGAAUGGGGAAGGCGGCGAAGGGAUCGCGGAAGGGGAAGAAGGCAUGGAGGCCCGACAUCACCACCAACCACAUCGACGAUUACUUCGACGAGUCCAUCAGGGACGCCUUCACCGGCAAGGCUUCCGAGACGAAAUCCACUGACAAAACUCUUGUGAAAAGAAAGAUUGAGAAACACGUGGAAAAAGUUCUCCAUCAUGAGAGCUCGCUUCAGAAAAAUCCUUUUGUCCAAGCUGUUCCAUCGUCUUCUUCAAAAAAAUCGAAGCGGAAAAAGAAACAAGUGAUGACACAAAUAAUACAGACCGGCAAAUCUUCACAGGUAGAUGAUAUAACUUCCACUUUAAUUGACAUAUGGAAUAAUGAAGGUGAAGCAAUUGAUAGGCCUAAAAAGAAACAGAAGGCUUCCAUCAUUCUAGCUAUUGAAGUGGAGCCACCAGGCUGUUCAUUUAAUCCUUCAUUUGAGGCUCAUCAAGACAGAGCCUUCUCUUGGGCGGCCACCUUACUCGACGAGGUGUGGGAGCACAUUUUCUCUUUCCUCCCGACCGACGCUGACCGCCAUGCUGUGUCCCUGGUUUGCCGCUCUUGGUAUCAGAUAGAACGGAUGUCGAGGCGGAAGAUCAUCGUGCGGAACUGCUAUGCGGUGGCACCAGCCGCAGUGGUGCGGCGAUUCCCGGAGGUCAGGGCGGCAACCAUCAAGGGGAAGCCAUGUUUUGCAGAUUUAUUGCGCUCCAAUUGGGGCGGCAAGGCGGGGAAAUGGAUCCAAUGGAUGGCCGAGGGAUGGCCGCUUUUAGAGGAGCUUCGCCUCAAGCGAAUGGUGGUCUCUGAUGAUUGCCUCGAGCUUAUUGCCCAGUCCUUUAAGAAUUUUAGGGUUCUGUCUCUAGUCUUCUGCGAAGGGUUCAGCACUGUCGGGCUGGCUGCCAUUGCAGCCAACUGCAGGAAUCUGAAGGUACUUGAUCUGCAUCAAUAUAAAGCGAAGGAGAAUUGUAUAAAUUGGAUAUCUCAUUUUCCAGAAUCCUUUACUUCCCUGGUUACUCUCAACAUUGCAUGUCUGGAUUGUGAGAUGAAUGUAUCUUUUCUUGAGCGCCUCAUUAGCAGAUGUCCCUAUCUCAAGACCCUCAGACUCAAUCAUGCCACUCCUCUAGAAAAACUUGUUAGCCUUCUACACAGGGCUCCACAGCUAGUAGACCUUGGAAUUGGCACUCUCAUAGGAGAAGGUUAUCCAGGACUUUUCUCCAAGCUUGAAUCUGCUUUUGCUCACUUAAAACAUCUGAAGAAUCUAUUUUGGAAAGCUGGACCAUUUUACUUGCCUGCAAUAUAUCCAAUUUGUGAAGGUCUUACAACACUGCAUCUCUUUGACUCUAGCAUACAAGCACCAGAGCUCUCAAAAGUAGUUAGCCAGUGUAAAAAUCUUCAACAACUAUGGGUUAGGGACUUAAUUGAGGAUGAUGGGCUUAUUGCUGUGGCAUCAUCCUGCAAACUCCUCCGAAAAUUGCAAAUAGUUCCUUCUGAUCCACCUCACUGUCCUCUCACAGAAAUUGGCCUUAUUGCUGUGUCUUCUGGUUGUGUAAUGCUUGAGUCUGUUCUCUAUUUUUGCCGGCAGAUGACUAAUUCUGCCCUCCUUACUAUUGCUAAUAAUCGCCCCAAUCUCACAUGCUUCCGGCUCUGCAUCGUCAAGCCUUACACCCCUGAUUAUAUUACUCAAGAACCUCUAGAUGCUGGCUUUGGGGCUAUUGUUGAAUCCUGCAAGGACCUCCGACGUCUCUCCAUGUCUGGUCUUCUUACUGAUUGUGUGUUCAAAACUAUUGGGGCCUCAGCAAAUCGUCUUGAGCGGCUCUCAGUUGGUUUUGCUGGUGAUGGGGAUGCAGGUCUUCAUUACAUUCUAUCUGGUUGUAGGAAAUUACGCAUGCUGGAAAUUAGGAAAUGCCCGUUUGGGAUCAAGGCAUUAUUGGACAAUGCAGAUAAACUGAAGACAAUGCGAUGCCUUUGGAUGUCAUCAUGCUCUGUGACACUGGGGGAAUGCAGAUUAUUAGCUAAGAAGAUGCCACGGCUUAGCGUGGAGGUUAUUGAUGAGAAUGGAGGGGCGUUGCAGUCACGGCGUGAUCUUUCACGGCGUGAUCUUUUACGGCGUGAUAUUUUACCUGCCAAAAAACUCUAUAUUUACAAUAGUAUUACUGGCCCAAGAAUUGAUGCACCACCGUCUGUCUUGACCGUUUGGUGAAAUCAGGUAUUACGGAAGUGAUAUUAUCUUUAUCCUGUUUAUCAAUCCUAAUUGGCUUUCCAGAAGUUAACUCUUUGUUCAAAUGAUGGGAAAGCAGUCAGUCUAUAGUAUCAAGUGCUGCAUGAUUAUGGGGUUAGAUUUCAAUCACCGUAAGUUAUCCAGAAUUCUCUACUUGUGAUCGUCAUUUAUCAAUGAGUUGUGGGACUAUAUGACUUAUGACAUUUACUUAACAUAUUGAGCAUUUCACAGCUAUUGGUUUAAUAUAUUUUAGAUUGCUGAGCUA